AUGACACAAUUUGAGAUAACACCGCAAUUGAGAGAUAUAAUACAAGUAUCGAGCUAUAUAGAAAAAGAGAAACUACUAGCGCAGAAAGAUGUUUCGCAUGAGAAAUUAAUUGAGUUUUAUCAAAGUUGUCAUCCAACACCUACAUUAUUAGCAUUAAUAAGAAAAUCAAAAUUGUACAUCCCCACAUAUGAAACGUAUGUACAACCAAAAACAAAAGAGUUUCUAAAAAAUAUGGCAAAACUACGAUUAAAAGCAAAGGAACAAGAGUAUGCAAAUUUACUCAACAAGUCUCCCGAAUUUACAACUUUGUACGAAACCUCUAAUCAAGAAUAUAUUUCUCCUGCUAAACAACAUAAAGAGUUGAAAAAUCAAAUGGCAACUAUUGUAAAUAUAGCAAUUAGUGUAGCAAGUGUUUCCUAUGCCAUUUGGUACUGGACAAAAUCUUCAUGGGGGUUAAAAGAGAGUUUUAGAGUUUUAAUUACAAUUUUUUUUGGUUUAUUAGUCCUAAUAGCCGAAGUGGUGGUAUACAUGGGUUACUUGAAUAAAAUUGAAGAAGCGAGAAUAAAAGAAAAGAGAAAAAAGGAAGUAAAGAAAGUGAUUAGAACAAUUGAUAUUGCCUCGAGCGACACUAUCGACAUUAUCGACACUAUCGACAGUAUUGACACUAUCGACAGUAUUGACACUAUCGAGCAGAGCGAGAUAGUGGAGCACACUUAA